AUGUUACAGCUCCCUGACCUGCGCAUUUCUGAUAACACGCAGCUCGUCCUCGGUGCUGCGGCUUGUGCUGGAGUAGUAGGAGUGACUGUCCGGGCUUACCUUCGUAAAUCGGCUAGCGGCCUGCCUCUCCCACCUUCUCCUUCCACUUGGAGACUGCGAGGGCACUUCCUACCCUAUCAGAACGCAUUUCUUACUAUAGCGCAGUGGAUUGACGAGUAUGGUCCUCUGAUUACUAUCCGCUCAGGAACCCAGAAUGUCGUCAUUAUCGGCAGGCACAAAGCCGCAGUGGAUAUUAUGGAGAAGCAGGGUGGACUCGUAGCUGAUCGACCUCGCCUUGCUGCUGGAGAAAUCCUCAAUCGUGGACUGGGUAUCGGUUUGUCACCCGCUGGGGAUAGGUUCCGUCGGAAGCGUAGAGCACUUCAUUCACAUCUCCAGCCCAAAGCAGCUGAGGCGUAUCAGCCUCUGCAGAUGUCGUACGCGAAGAGCGUAGUCCUCAACAUUCUUGACGAUCCAGACAACUUCCAGAACCAUGCGGUAACUUAUGCUUCGGCGACGAUCAUGAAAGUUGCAUAUGGGAAGACUACACCUACGUCCGCAACCGACCCCGAAAUCAGAGAGAUACGCCAGCUCUUUAAGAGAUUUCGUUUCAUCCUGCGCCCUGGUUUUUACUUGGUGGACUCGAUACCGUUGCUGAGGUACCUCCCUGGGUAUGCUCCAGAAUUAAAGGAUGAGCGCGAGAGGACUACGCGACUGUACACUGACCAGCUGAAUCGCGUGAAACAGCAAAUGCAGAGCGAUGUGGAUAUCGGCCCUUCGUUUGCGAAAUAUAUGCUAGAAAACGAGAGUGUCUAUGGAUUGUCAGAGAUCGAGAUGGCGUAUCUCGCUGGUGCCUUCUUUGGAGCUGGCGCGGCGACGACCGCUAUAGCAAUAUGCACGGUGCUAAUGGCGGCCGCGCGUUUCCCCGAAGAGCAAGCUAAAGUCCAGGACGAGCUUGAUGCGGUUAUUGGAAGGGAGCGAGCGCCAACCUUUGCCGACAAACAAUCCCUUCCUCGUCUAGAGGCCUUCAUCUCUGAGGCUUUGAGAUGGAGACCGUUGGCUCCUGAAGGAUUUCCUCACCGAACGACUCAAGAUGUGAUUUGGGAAAACUAUUGCAUUCCCGCCGGUACGACGGUCACUGGCAACCAUUGGGCCAUCUCUCGAGAUCCAGAAGUCUACCCUGAGCCUGAUGCGUUCAAGCCUCAGCGCUGGAUCAAUGACCAAGGUCGCUUGAGAAGUGAUCUCUCAUUCUUUGUAUUUGGGUUUGGUCGCCGCGUAUGCCCAGGUCAACACCUUGCGAACAGAUCGGUGUUCAUAAAUGCGCUUCUUAUUCUUUGGGCCUUCCAGCUCAGUCUGGAUCCUACGAAGCCGCAGGAUGACAUGGGGUUCACCAAUGCGUCAAUACCAAAUGUCCCGUGCGCUAUUGAAUUUAAGACGAGGGUUCCUGAAGUGGAACUCAGGGCCAUGAUGCAGGAUCAUUCUGAGGCUGAGUAAGAAGCCUUGACGUCUCUGUCGGAUCGCCCCUAGGGGGCGGGGAUGAAUUGUCAAUUCGAUCAUCCCUGUAGGACUCUCAUCACGAUUUUAACUGUUUCUGACUCGUGUAAUAUAGUCAACUAUGCAUCUUCGCUUCUUCCUUAACGUCCGGCUCACUUUGAGUACUUGUGUGAUAUAGUCUUUCGAAGUCCUGGCCCGUCUGUUACAUUCUGCAUCGUAC